AUGUCUGUGCUCUCCCGUGGAGACAGUAAAGUUACACUUCGUGAAGCGCAGGCUCCGUUUAUCCAACGCACAACGUCCUUUGUCUUUAUCGCUGCCUUAAUCACCGCUAUUCAAUUAGAAAGGCAAGCUCAAAUACCUCCAACUAUCCAAGCAACAGAGCAGCCAACAGAACAACCAACAGAACAACCAACAGAACAGCCAGCAGAACAGCCAGCAGAACAGCCAGCAGAACAGGUAGAAGAACAGGUAGAAGAACAGGUAGAAGAACAGGUAGAGGAACAGCAGCAGGACAAAAGGCGAAGGGACGGGCCGUGA